UGAAGUGAAAGAAGAGAGGAGGGAUGUCGAACGUGGGCAAAUUAUUGCAAUUUAAACGAUAUUGUGAAAUUUUAACACAAAAUUCUAUUACUUAUUACAAAAUACAAAAAAUGGCAAAAAGUUCUUUCGAGUACGUUAAAAAUUUCGAAUCGGAUGAUACAUUGCUCCCUAAUACAUGGAUAGUUGUGCGACUCGAUGGCAAGUGUUUUCAUAAGUUUUCAGAUGACCAUAACUUUGUUAAACCUAAUGAUGUAAGAGCCCUAAACUUGAUGAAUUAUGCUGCUUUUAAUGUGUUUCGAGAGUUCAAUGAUCUCCUUAUGGCAUUUGGACAAAGUGAUGAAUAUUCUUUUAUAUUCAAGAAGCAAAUGACACUAUACAAGAGAAGAGCUGCCAAACUGUUAACUACUAUCAAUAGCAAAUUUUCAUCAUCUUAUGUCUACUAUUGGAGUAAAUUUUUCCCAGAUGAAAAGUUGAAAUAUCCCCCAACCUUUGAUGGUCGAGUAGUGUUAUAUCCAACAGAAGAAAAUCUAAUAGAUUAUAUGAAAUGGAGGCAAGCAGAUGUACACAUCAACAAUUUAUAUAAUACUACAUUUUGGGCACUUGUUUUAAAAGCCAAUCUUAGCCCCACCCAGGCAGAAAAGCGGCUCUGUGGCACAGUGUCAGCAGAUAAAAAUGAAAUAUUAUUCAAGGAGUUUAAUAUUAACUAUAAUAAUGAAGCAGAAAUGUUCAAGAGAGGAACAUUAUUACUGAAAAAAACUAUUUCUGUUGAUAGUUUGCAGAAGACAGUGAUUGUAGAUGUACAUGAUGAUAUGUUGAAGGAUAAGUUUUGGACUAAUCAUUCAAGUUUGCUAGUACUUAAACCAUCAAAACAAAAACUUUUAUAUGAGGGCCCCAUUACCAACAUCAUACAAGAACAAAUUAAUAGCAAAGAAAAUAAUGCAAUUUCAAAUCAAAGUUAGUAAAUAAAUAAUUAUUGAUAAUAAUAACAGUUUCAAUAUUCUCCCCACUUGUUCAAUAAAAGACAAUUUUUAAACAGAUAAUUUAAUAUUGAACUAAUACAAGUAUUUAUACAGUUGAACAAUCUAUAAUAAGAAUGCUAUUAUAAUUCUUAGUAACACCUCCCUGUUGGAAUUAUAUUUUUAAUUUAAUGGAAAAAUAGACAUGAUGGAAUUAUCCAGGAUCAACAUAGAUUUUCUGAUUUAAGUGCAAAGGACACUAAAAUAACAUUUAAAUCAUGUUAAUUAUUAUUUUUAAAACUGGUAAUCCAUUUUCGUUUUACUUUAUAAUUACAAUGAUUUAAGCAAGUCACAUUUACAUAAAUCUCAUAAAUCUAUAUAAUAUUAAAGCAUAGUACAGCAAUUAAAUUUUUGAUAUUUUUUACAUGAUUAAUAAAUCUGAUUGUGACACAGACUGCAAUAAAUAAUUUAUUACUUUUGGAUGAUCAAAUAAAAUAUAUUUUUAUUAUUAUUCUCUUAAUACUGUUAACAAACUUGUCAAAAGAUAGGGCAAAGUAACAUUAUCUACAAUAACAAUGAUAUACAGCUGUUGUCUUUUCAGAAUAAAACCUGAUGUGUAUUC